CUGUUUUUCAAUUCCCAAUCUCUACUCUCUCUCUCUCUCUCUCUCUCUCUCCAAGAAUCUUGCAGUUGGAGACGUGAUUGCAUCUUCCUUUUGUCCCCCCUAACGACACCUCCGGCGGUUCUCACGCGCCUCCCUCUCCUUCCCGGCGAUCCAUUUCCACCGCCGAAUGUGAUUGAUGUAACAGUUGUGCGAGGAUUUAAUAUAUAUAUAUAUAUAUAUAUAUUUGAAAGUAGUUUUGAUAUUGCAGAUUGAAGAGAAGAGAAGAGAAGAGAUCCAGAAAGCUACUUGUUGUCUGUCUGUGAUCGAAACAGCAAAAAAAUGUUGUUACAGAGAUUUUUAUAUGUAGCUAUAGUUGUAAUUGGAACAGUUUUAGCUAAUUUCUACGCGGUCAACGGUGGUGGUGGUCGGCCUCAUCGGAUUCUUUUGGAUACAGAUGUCGAUACUGACGAUUUCUUCGCUCUCUUGUACCUCUUGAAGCUUAACCGAUCUGAAUUCGACUUGCAGGCUGUAACUAUUAACACAAAUGCAUGGACAAAUGCUGGGCAUGCUGUGAAUCAAAUUUACGACAUUCUUUACAUGAUGGGUCGCGAUGACAUUGUCGUUGGAGUGGGAGGUGAAGGUGGAAUACUUGAAGAUGGUACCAUACUACCAAAUGUUGGUGGAUAUCUCCCUAUAAUUGAUCAGGGGAUUGGUACAGCUGGAUAUUGCAGAUAUAGACAAGCGAUUCCUGUUGGUCAGGCAGGACGAUUAGAUAUUGAUAGCAACUAUGGCUGUCGAAAAAGCUUCCUUCCACAGGGGAGCAGGAAAUACUCUCCACUUAGGCAGCCCACUGCUCAGCAAGUAAUGAUCGACAAAAUAUCUGCCGGUCCCAUUACUGUUUUUCUUAUUGGAGCACAUACAAAUUUUGGUAUUUUUCUUAUGAAAAAUCCACAUUUAAAGAAAAAUAUUGAGCAUGUUUACAUCAUGGGUGGUGGUGUGAGGUCAAAGAACCCAACUGGUUGCUGCCCCCAAAAUGCCAGCUCAUCUUGCCAGCCUCGGCAGUGUGGCGACAGUGGCAAUUUGUUCACAGAUUACACUAGUAAUCCUUAUGCUGAGUUCAAUAUUUUUGGAGAUCCUUUUGCUGCAUACCAGGUAAUCCAUUCUGGGAUUCCUGUUACGCUUGUUCCACUGGAUGCAACAAACACUAUUCCCAUAAGUGAAAUGUUUUUCAAGGCAUUUGAGCAGAGUCAGGAUACCUAUGAGGCACAAUACUGCUUCAUGUCCUUGAAAAUGGCUCGUGAUACUUGGUUUGAUGAUCAAUUUUACACGAGUUAUUUUAUGUGGGACUCAUUUACGUCUGGUGUAGCUACUUCCAUCAUGCGUCUUGGCCAUAGUGGCGAAAAUGAAUUUGCUGAAACGGAGAUCAUGAAUAUAACUGUAGUUACUUCAAACAAACCGUAUGGGGUAUCUGAUGGCUCAAAUCCAUUCUUUGAUGGUCAUAAAACUCCAAAAUUCAAUUUAAAGAAAGGUGGCAUUCACAGCGGUCACGUUCAGACUAUACUCCGAGACCCAUUUUGCAUUGUCAAGAAUGGGAAAGGGAGGUGCAAGGAUGGUUAUACGAUGGAGGUAACUGGUCCAGAAGCAGUGCCUGUGCUUGUUGCUACAAAAGCAAAACCGAAUCGCAACAAAAACAGCUCUCUAAACAGAGAAUUUUUUAUAAGUUUCUUGGAUGUUCUGAACCGCCCUCAACAUACUGGAAAGUUCAAUUUUUCGACACAGUUUCCUUACUACAAAGAGGUUCUUCACAAACCAGACUUUGGAGGGAAGAAACUUGGGAAAAAUGUUGUGUUUGACAUGGAUAUGAGUGCAGGAGAUUUUCUGGCUCUGUUUUAUCUACUUAAAUUACCCGUGGAAGUCAUCAACCUCAAGGCAAUAUUAGUGAGUCCAACUGGCUGGGCAAAUGCCGCAACGAUAGAUAUCAUUUAUGAUCUACUGCAUAUGAUGGGUCGUGACGACAUUCCUGUUGGUUUAGGAGAUGUAUUUGCAAUGAACCAGUCUGAUUCUGUUUUCUCUGCUGUUGGAGAUUGCAAGUACUUGAAGGCUAUCCCACAUGGUAGCGGUGGAUUUUUGGACUCCGAUACUCUCUAUGGAUUUGCUCGUGAUUUGCCACGAAGUCCCCGGAGGUAUACUGCAGAGAACUCUGUAAAAUUUGGAGCUCCUCGGGAUACCGAUCACCCUGAACUGAGACAACCACAAGCACUGGAAAUUUGGGAGUCUGUUUUGAAAUCGUUAGAUUCAGGAUCUAAGAUUACCAUCUUGACCAACGGUCCCUUGACGAAUUUAGCAAAGAUAAUUCUUUCUAGCAAAAACACAAGCUCUCUAAUUCAGGAUGUGUUUAUAGUGGGGGGACACAUCAACCGUGAUAACACAGAAAAAGGAAAUGUCUUCACCAUUCCUUCAAAUGAAUAUGCUGAAUUCAACAUAUUUCUUGACCCGUUUGCUGCAAAGACUGUAUUCGAUUCAGAACUUGACAUCACUCUCAUUCCACUUGGCAUUCAGCGUAAAGUCAGUGCAUUUCCUAAGAUUCUAGAUAGGCUUCACCUGACGAAAAAGACCCCCGAAGCUAUGUUCGCAAGGCGUUUGCUAUCAAGGCUACACCGCUUGCAACAAAAGAAUCAUAGAUAUCAACACAUGGAUGCAUUUUUGGGGGAAAUUAUUGGCGCUGUAAUCUUGGGUGGUGAUCAUUCCAUCAUGAAUUCAUUGUUUCAAGCAAAGCGCGUGAAAGUAAUUGCGACGGGUAUUGAAUCCAAAGAUGGACAAUUGAUGAUUGAUGAAAACAGUGGAAAAUCAAUAAAAAUACUAGAAAGUGUGGAUCCUAUGGCAUAUUAUGAUCUUUUUGCAAAUCGACUUGGAAAUGAGCAACAGUCUGCGGUCGUUGGAAGUUUUGACGAGCAGAGAAGAAUUUGGAGCACGCCGCCAAAAUGACGCAACGGUUUCAUUUGUAUUUAUAGUUUUCAUUAGUUAGAUAGAAAUUGCUACUUACCCACAUUACAGGUAUAUGGCAGUCACAAUUUAAUGUACUUAAACACAUCUAUAAAAGCAAUACAAAGAGAUUGAAAGAAA